AUGCAACAAACGUUCAAUUGGGUCGAGAAAACCGUCCUCGGAUCGGUUAUUUCGCACAUUUCCGUGCAUGAGAACAACGAGUGAGUUGUAAAUUAUCAAUGUUCUCAAUAAUUAUUACGAUUUUCAGAUUAUUGGCCUGUUGCUCGGGCCAUUCUUGUGAUUUUUACAAUGGGAAAGGGACGAAAGUCUCUCUGGCCCACGACUCUCUUCUCAUUGCCUCGUUUUUCGUCGAAGAGAAGAUUGUGAGUUUUUUUUUUCAAUCCGAUGUUGAGUUUAGGUUUUCCGUUUCAAAAGAAAUUUCAUUUCUUAUCAUUUUUAUUUCAUAAACAAAUAUUUUAUGCAGUUUCAAAAAAAUGUAUUUUUUUGAAUAGAAACCUUGAAUUUCCACUUGGCUUUAUUAUUUCAGCGUGCGAUUUUGACAGAUUCAAAAGUUAGAAUUGAUUUAAAGUUUAGAAAAAUUUUUCCUUUAUUUUAAAUUUUUUUAAAUCAUUUUUUUGUCUGAAAUGGAGCCUCAGUAUAACUUGUAUAAUAAAAAAAUUGGCUCAAUACAUAUUUAAAAAAAUUUCUACUUGAAAUGUUUAUUUCGCUCACAGACAGAUCUGUGGCGUGGAGGAAGAGAACCAUGAAAGUUAUAUUUGCCUCCACUUCGAUAAAGUUCCACUUUAAUCUAAGAAUAUUUUUAGGUCGAAAUCGAAGAGAAUCAAAAAAAGAAAAAGUAAUCUAUAAACGAGUUGAAUCAUUUUGUGAAAUUUGCAGCUUCCUUUUCAAAAAAACCAAUUUUUUUCAAACAACUUUUAAAUCUUCUUUGGUCAUCCUCAAAAACCAUAACUCUGUUUAAGCCGUUCCAGUAUUUAUACACGCGUUGCGUAAUAAAGUUAUAGUGAACAUGAUGGAUUGGUGGUGGUUCGAGUUUAAGGCCGUUGCCUCUCAGUUGGUUUCGUCUAUUUGAUAUCGUUUGUAAUUUGAAUGGAGAUGGACACCAAUAAUAACCAUAUAUGAACUGAUGUGUAAUUAUGACAUUUGUUUUAUUUUUGAAAAAAAAUUUGAUAUUAGAAAGUCAUCCAGUAUUUUUCAUUUUAUAGCUGAUAACGGUUACUGAGAACGGGGAUGUGAGUGAAUGGCAACUGGAGGAAAAUGAAGACGAGGAAGGCCCGGCGAAAAUUUCGAGCAGAAAAGUGACCGCGUUUCCUGUCAGGUGAGAAGAUUGUCGAUAUCAUUAAUGUUUCAGUUCGAAUAUUUGUCUAUCCAUUAUAUUUUUAUUAUUAUUAUUUCUAGCAUUUGUUCUAUAAUCAAUGAUAAAACGUGUAAAAAAAGUCAUAUCAGUUUACAUUUUUUUGGAUUUUUCAUAAAAUUUUCUUUGAAUGUACACAUAAUUUUUCUCAAGUGAAACCUUUUUUCAAGGGUUUUCCUAUGAAUCUGAAGUGUUUUAAAAAAGUAAGCACAUUUCCUGUUAGGUGAUAAGAUUCUUAAUAUUUUCAAUAAUUCAGUAACAAAAAUAUUUUUUUCAUUUUUUUCAGUCAAGGAAUGAACUUUGAAAUAUUUUAUUUGAUUUUUUUGAAAGUGGAGCUUAAAAAUCUUCCGAAUUUUUUUCGAGGGUAUUUUUUUGGAUUUGAGGUGUUUUUUUCAAAAAAAUUGACCUCGUUUCCUGUUUUAAUCAUAAUUUUAAUGUUUCAGUUCGACUAUUUAUAAACCUUUCUGGAUUUUAUUUGCUUAAGUUUACAUCAUAACUUUUGAAAAAAAGUGUUUAAUUUACAAUUUUGAUUAUUUUUUUGAUCAUUUUUUUGAGAUGAAGAUUCCGUGAUAAUUAGUGCACCUUUAGGUUAUUUUUUUUAAAGAACAUUCCAUUAUUUUCAAAAAAAGUUUUCUUAGAGAUCGAAAUGGUUUUUUUCUCGAGCAAAUUUUUGCAAGUGGAGAAUUUCUUGGCCUUUAUUUCACUGUUUACAAGCAUUCUGCGGUAGAAUUUCUGGCCAAUUCACAGAAAGCUCCAAAAAAAUUUCUUUUUAUAUUAAAAACAGAAGGAAAAAUGUUCGAAAAAAAGUAUAAUGUUGGUCAAGUAAAAUAUACGAUUUCAAAAAAAUGCGUUUUUAUUCAUUUUUUUGUUAAAAAAAUCUUUUUAAGUGGGUUUAUUUACGAAAUUUUUUUAUAUAUUCAUGUAAUAAUACUAUCGAUGAAACUCAGAUUUUGAAGGAAAGUGAAUUUUUUUCUCAGCGCCGCAUUUCUCGUCGAUCGACCGAAGAAAACGGGACGAAAGUUCGAGAUUUGGCUGGUGAUCCAACGGGGAGAAGACUCGGAAGUUGCCGAUUUGUGCUACAUUUGUCCGGACAGUUCAAUCGAGAAAGUCGUCGAAGUUCCUGCCGAAAUUCGCGCCGAACAAAUCGCCAUCCAUGUUCGAAAUCUCAUCCAAUUUCAGUGAUUUGUCGAUUUUUUAGGGAGAAAUGCUGGCCUAUUGCCAGGGAAAUCAAGUCUUCGCUCAGACUUGCUUCGAGGAAAAACCCAAGAAGAGCUCUUUCAUCUACGAAAGCAGGGCGGAAAGUUGGUUCUUUUUUGAUUUUUCCAAUUGCAUAUUUCACUUCAGGAGAAACUUUUUUUUAAAGUUUGAGUAACUUUGCCAUGGAUUUUUGUGGAAAAUACUUCCAAAAAAGCUGUUUUUUUAAAGUUCAAGGCAAUUCUUGGAUUUUUUUUCUAGUGUUUCCAAGUUUCGGAGCCUUUUAUAAUAAUUAGAGGGGUUUUUUGAGCGGAAGUUGCAUGAAACUUGAAAAUUAUAAUUUUUGUGAUCCAAAAAAAUUUGAAUUUUUUGUCCAUAAGAUAGAGACCAAAAAUAUUGUUUCUAGAUGUUUUAGUCACCAAAGUCUUCCAAAAAGGUUUUUUUAAGGAAUCGGAUUGGGCGAUGGGAAGCAUUUGAACGAAUUUAUCCGCGCCUCGGCCGUUGACAACUUUUUGGCGGUUACAAUGGCCAACGGACGAAUUUAUCUCUGGUUCCUGUUUCAAAUAGCGCAUAUUUUUCAUAAAACAAUCUUUCAGGUCAAACUUCCAAACGUCUGGAGUCUCUGAUCAAGCUCACACUUUUCAUUGGCACAAGGCGAGUUGAUCUCUUUCAGAUAUUUCAGAUCGUAAAUUAGUAUAUUUAUAUUUGAAAUAUUUAUUUGCGGAAAAAUUCACAUUUGAAAAAAAACUUUUGUAGUUCCUUAAUAGAAGGAUUUUAGGUUGCCCCACAACUCGAACUGACUCCAUUCGGAAAUAUCGUCUCCGCGGGGGCCGAAUGUACCUUGGUCCGCAGUACGAAAGGAGCCAAACCGACGUUUUUGCCUCGUCUCGUCGCCCCAGUCAUUCGGCUGAAACUUUCCCCCGAUGCAAGUCGUGUCGUCCUUCUCAUGGGUUAGUGGUCCACCAACAUCUCACAAAAUCACGAAAAAUCAAAUAAAUCGAUAGGAAGGCUCUGAGAGCUUAAAUGAUCUUAUUUUCAAUCAUUUUUUUUCUAGGCCGAUUUAUCAUCUUUUUAAAUCCUAUUUUUUUAAACCAAUCAGUGAUGUCUGCUUCUGAUUAUGGUUGAUUUUUUUACUAAAUAAAAAGAAAAAAACUAGUUUAGGGCUGAAAAAAAUUUUUCAAAGUUGAGUUCUGAGCGAAAUAGUUUUUACCGUAAAACUAGAAAAAAAGGAUUUCGAUUUUUAAUUGAAUAAAACAAUUUUAGUGUCGAAUGGAUGAAUGGAAAAAGGCGAAACAUUUAAAAAAAUUUAUUAGAGUCAUAAAUUUUUUUGAGAGACAAUUUUGAACGGAAAAAAAUUACAAAAAUUGAAAAAAAUAAAAAAAUGUUUAAUUUUACAGCAAGAAUCACUAUCCAUUUUCGUGAAUUUCUUUUUUUCAAAGUUGAACUGAAAUUCUGACUUUAAAAAAAUUGAGAUAAAGAAGUAUAAACUUCUUUUCGCACACUCUUUCUUCAAAAAAAUCGUUCCGAGGCUCUCGUCCAAAUUAUUUACUUUGAAGUUAUUUUUUUCUUAUUUCUUUCAUUUUUUUGUGUUAUUUUUUUGUCUGGGAUUAUUUGAACUUUUUGCUUCAGUUUGGCUAGAUAUAGAUUUUAAAAAAAUUAGGUUCUCAUUCAAUUAAAAUAUAAUUGACCUUUUUAAAUGAAGUUUUUUUAAUGAAUAACAUUUCAUUUUAUUAUUUAUUAAAUUUAGUUGAAAAACAGGAAUGUUAACGAAGAAAAACGACAAUUAUCUACCUUUUUCUUUAUAGAAGACAAUUCUCUGCACGUGAUCUUGCUGUCGAGUAUGGCUUUGGAGAGAACUAUCCCCACUUUUUGCUAUUGCGAAAGAUCCUUGAACACCAUUUUCAAGAGGUUUUCCCAUUGAAAAUGAAUUAUUUCUCACAAUUUCUUCAUUUUUAGUGAUCCCGGAUCGAUAAAAAAGUGGAUAAUGAGCGCGAAACCGGGAUUCGUUCAAUGGGUCGACAGCCUCGGAUGGAUUCAAUCUGCUAAUGUUUGUUUUUUUUUUUUUUUAGGAAAUUUGAGGGUUUUGUUUUUUUCUUUUUUUGACUUGAAAUCAGAAAAAAAUAUGAAAGGUUUCAAAAAUAUUAAUUUUUCUCGUUUUUUUGAAAUUUUCGAGGAAUUUUUGUUUGAUUGAUUAUGAAAAUAUGAAUUUAAAAAAAUCGAACUUUUGAAUUUUUUUGAAUAAUUUCGUUUCACCUAGAGUCGAAAAAUUCGAUUGAAAAAUUCCCUGAAUAACAAUUUUCUGUCCAUUUUUCUCCUUUUUGUAGCAUUUCGUCUCUUUUUCAGAUUCGUUGUUUUGGUUCGCUGUUUCAAGGGCUUCAAAUUAGAAGCGUAACUGGUCGCAAAACGAUCAACUCUUAGCCAGAAAAUUUUUAAAAGUCGUUGACCUCAAUAAUACCUCGGGUUAAAAAUCGCAUUUAUCCUUCAAAAAAAGAAAUAAAACUACAAGCAAGAUGAACCGCGGUGGGACAGCGAUAUCGCCUGGUUCUUGUCGAAUUUUUUCCCGGCGUUACGAUGCUUUCACACUUUUUCGCUCUCAUUUGAAUGGAAUGCUCGCUAUUUGGGGCUUAGAACUGUUCUUAUUCAAUUUUUAAAAAAAAACAGAAAAAAAAGGAAAUUUAGUUUUACGAUUGUUUAGAUGUGAACCAUCAUAUUCAAUGAGAAAUUAGGAAAAAAAGUUCUCUGAAAUUUAUAUUCUGAAAAGUUGCGAUAUCGCGCCAUGUCGCUCUUCCGCGCCAGGUUGGCUAGAGCCUUCGAAAUCUCUCGGCGCGAUAUAGCGUCAAUCUUUUCGUUAUACCGCGGUUCGCCUCCCUGAGGUUGAAAAAUAAGUUUUUUUAUUGCUUGCUUUUCAAAUUCUUGUAAGGAAACCCCUUCUCCAAGACUUUUUGUGUUUUUAUUUGCCCUUGUAUGAUUAGGAAGAAAUUCGAAGAAGAUUUUGAUGAGGAAUUUUUUAGUCUUUAUAUGAUGAUUUUAAAGAUGAAUUUCUUCACUCUAUUGGGAUUUUGAAGAUGAACGUGACGUUGGAUAACGCGGUCGACGGAGACAUGUCUUUGGUCGGAGUGAGGGUCGCCUACAAAGACGUCCUCGAAAUGGCCCUUUCUGUCGGUUUUGCAGCCACCCUCGAGAAAUUCAUCAAUUUCGAUUCGUUGGUUAGUUUUAUAUUUAUUUCAAAUUUUAAAUUCAAGAAGAAAAUGAGCUCAUGAUGGAAACAGGUUAUAAAAAAGGGACUUUUAAAAGGAAAAAAAAAGAUUAUAGUCAGAAAACAACUGGUCAGAGCCGUCCAUUGAAUAAUAUACGCGGGCUAACCCACUAACGGGCCUACCCGAUCCAUUUUGAAAUGCGAUUUUUGAUCUGAUUACAAUAUUUUUUUCAGGAUAAAUGAUCAAAAAAAAUCUGACCAGUUUUCAGAUAAUUUAAAAAAAUGAUUGAGAAAAACUUUUUGUAAGUUUUUGAAAUUCGGUUUUUUUUUGUAUCCGAAACGUUCCGCACUUCAAGUUGUUAACAAAAAAUUCAAAAAUUUCAAUUUCCAAAUUUCAAAACGAUUAAAAGUUCGUUUUUUUGACUUCAGGAAGGGGAUAAAAGUGGUAUUUCAAGGGAUUAGCAAAUUUUUUUCUGGAAGUGGUCUUGAAACGAUUUCUUCAAUUACAGAGUAAAAUGUGGGCUCUUCGUGACAAGAUAAUGUUGAAAAAAGAAGGAAUACACGAUUCGAAUUUAAAAAAAACCGUUAAAACAAGCUUUGAAAGCUUUUUGAUACAUUUUUCUUCGAUUUCAAGAAAUUUUUAAUGCGUUCAUCCGGUUUUUUUUUUGUAAUUUUUCUCAUAAACUCCAUCAAACAUCUUAUUUUCCCAGAAUCAACUCCGUUUCUGGCGAAGAAAGGCGGGAAGAUUCGAAUUUGUCUCGGCGGCGAUGGUUCCCACGGACUUUGUCUUUUUGGCCGCGUGCAAGGCUUCUUCGAGUGAAUUCGUCAAAGUAGAAAUAAAAUGAAGAAAUUCAUGUCAAAGGGAAUUGUAGACUUUCAUAACGGCGUCCCAGAGUGGAAAAAUCCACGUUUACGAGUUUUCCAACGAUGAGAAUAACGCAAAGGAAGACGUGACGAGGGCCAGAAAUUGGCAGGUUUGGGAAUUUUUUUUUUGAAUUUUCCUUGUUUUGUUUUUCUCUAAACUCAUUUUAAACAUUGAUAGUUGUUCUGUACGUAUUUUCAGGGCUUAAAAGUUGAAAAAUUCCAAUUUUUGAAUUUUAUUUUUUCAUCAUACUUUUGAUCCGUUCCUCUCAAAGCUCAUUUUGAAAAAGUAGAAUAGUUUUUUUAAAUUUUAGUUCUUAACAAAUAAUAUAACCUUUUUUUCCAUUUUUCAAAAAAAUCUUUCUAUCUUUUGUUUUUGCAAAAAUGUUAGGUCCUUAGUUGAUAAUUUGUCCUGGGAUUUUUUUCCCCAUCUUCUCUUGUUUCGUUUUUUUAUUCAGGGCUUCUUUGGAAAAAUUUAAAUUGUUCUUUUGGAGUAUUUUUUUGUAAGUUCGCAGUUCCAUAAAUAUAAAAAAAUUUUUAACAAUGUCCCUUUUGGAAAAAUUGUCUGUAGUUUUCAGCAUUUUUUUAGGUACGGGAAAAAAAUAUAAGUUGUAAAAAAAGUUUCAUUAGCAAUUUUUUUAGUUGAAGUUUUUUUCUGUAUUUUAUUUUUUUGAAGGUUCUGAAAAACUUCAAAAAAAUUUUUUUCUGAAAAAAAGGUUAAACCAAAUCUCACUUUUCGGCUUCGCUUGCCAACAAAAAAAGACUAGUUUUUAUUUUUUUGACGAUUUUAGGUUACGUCACAAAUCUUUUCAAAGUUUUUAAAGAGAAUACAACUUUCUGUUUUCUCACAUAUGAAACUGAACAUUUGAAAAUAUUUAAUAUUUUUUUCACGAAAUCAAAAAAAUCGCGCGUAAAAAGCCGCUUUAUCGCGAAAUAUGGUUGUAGAACUCAAUUUUUGAAACGGCUCGCGAAAUCCCAACUUUACGUAUUUGGUGAAAUUGUUUUAAACACUGUAUAAAUAUACACCCUUUAUUAUGUUUUUCUUUAUUUCCUCGUCCUUCAGGAAUCGCCAAUCGAAGCGAUUUCUUCCAUAAGUGCCGAUGGAAAAUGGAUCAGCGCCCACAGCCAAAAUCUCGUCCUUUGGGAUGUCAAAACGGUUCAAAUUCACAUUUUUCAAAACAUUCAAGAAGUUCAUGGUUUUAGAUGAGAGUGAUCGACUCGUUGUGCUGCGAUGAUCAAGUCACUUUCGUCGAUUUCGAAAGUUCUGGGAGGUGAGAAUUGGAGGGAAAAUUUAAAGAAAUCUUAUACUCUGUAAAUUUUAGGUAAAAAAAAGCAGGGAAAUUUAUAAAAAUUCUCAACAAAGUUACGAUUUUUGUUGAAUCUUUCAAACAAAUAAAAAUUCAAAACUUCAUCAUUUCAACAUUUUUUUUUUCAAAUGGAAGUAAUCGACUUUUAUGAGCUUGCUUUUCAGAAUUUUAAGAUUUAAUUGAAACUUCGGAAAAAUCGUGUUCACAGCCAAAUUCUUAUAGAGAAACAAAGAAAUAACAAAAAACGACUUUUUUUUUUUUAGAAAAAUCCCAAAAGUUACUUUUCUCCACAAGCUGAAGUCUCCUUUUGAGAGUUUUAGAGUUUUUGAAUGGAUAAAUUAGGAGAAAUCGUGUUCAAAAUACAAUUUUUCAUUACGGAAAUGAAAAUUUUUGAAAAAAAAACCCUUCAGUUUUCGUUGGAUUCGUCGAGAAACUGUGAUCAUGUUUCAACUUAAAGUGAUUAUUUUGUUUCCAAUUUUUCGCUUUUUGAUUGUUCAACUUAUUUUAUUAGAUACGCGAUAAUCGCGACGGAAUCGAACGUCUUCUGUUGGGACACGAUGAGUUUGGCGGUCCUCUGGAGGAUCCAGCAAAAAGUCGGAGUUUGUCUCGAAUCCAGCGGAUCUUUCGUUUUUAUCGGCUCUCAAGGUAGGAAUUUUUGUCGGAAAAUCAGAAAAAAAAAUUCUUAUUUUUUUUCUCGGCGACUCUCUCGUUUUCACAAGCUGUUUUCACGUUUUUCUGUCCUCCCCGGUGAGGGAAAUGAGAGACGCGGAGAGAUCAGACUGACUCAAUAUUCCUUGCCUCUGUUCUAUUGCCUCGAACUAUUUCAGAACAGCUGAAAAUCUUAAUUUUAGUAAGAAAAAAAAAAUUGUUAAAAAUGAAACAAAUAAUUGAACUUGUUAAAAUACUCACUCCAUUGCAAAUAACUCUAUACGAUCUGAUUUAUCUGCUCUCUUUGCCUCUCGCUUUCAAAAUCCACUUUCUUGUCUCUCUGCCCUCGCCGGUGAGGGAAAAGAGAGCGCAGGCAGGUCAGAAAUUUCAAGUCACGGUGAAAGAAUAUUUAGAAUUUUUUUGAAGUAGUGGGCUUUUUCUUUUUAAAUAAAAAAGAAACCAAGUUUAGUCAUGCAAUUCGAUCCGUUGUCUGGCCGCGUUCUCAACACGUGGAAGUUCUCAGCCGACAUCAUCCAGCUGGGAGUCGUCAAAAGAGAUCAUUACCGUUUCAUCGCAAAGACUUCUAAGGUUCGUUGUCAGCAAAAAUAAUUGCACGCAAAUGCAACAAAAGUCGGUCGGUGUUUCAUAGAUUAAAAAAAUAUUUGAAUAGAGCCAUUUUUGAUUUUUAGUACUCUCUUUUUUCGAAAAAUUAGAAGUUUUAUAGGUUGAGAUUCAUCUAAAAUGUAAAAAAGGCGGUUUUGGUCAAACUCUGUAAAAUUUCGAAGCUCCCCGUGAAACAGCUUUAGAUCUUUCCUUGCACAUCAUUUUUCGUUAAAGAUUCCAUUUUUGAAAAAAAAAAAUGAGCAUCAAAGUAAAGAAAAGCAGAAAAAUCCAAUUUUUGGGAAAGCCUAAAGUUCUCCAUUGAACUGCCUUCCUUAUGAGAUCUUUAGUUCUUCAUUUGAUUUUUUUUUUUUCUAAAUUUCUCUCCAAAAAUUCAAUUUACAAUUUAUUCAGUCUUCAGAGUGAGAUGUAGAAAAAAUCUCUGCUGAAUCAUGGUAUAAUUGAAGAGUCAGUCGUCGGUGCGGGUUACGGUCCUCAAUCGUUGUCCGAUAAGUCCCGGCGUGACAGCUGGAGUUGGGAAAUAAUGUUGGCCCGUUGGUAGUACCAGCGAAUAAACUGCUUCACCAUGUUGGAACAGUACGGCGCGCAGCUUGUCCAGGGCUGACGGGCGUCGGAAUAUUAUCCCAUGAGAGAGCGGCAAAGAGACCGACUAGUCGACGGGAUGAAAUGAGAUAAUAAUAAUAAUAAUCCAAAAAUUCAAUAAAUCUAUAUUUAUUUUUUUAUAUUUUAGCCUUAGAUGUGAUUGACUAGGCGUUGAAAAACACCUUUUCGGGCCUAAAAAUCGAAAAUUUUCCAGGGUAUUCUGGCCCUCCGUGCUCCGGAAAAGACGAAUACAUCGAAGGAAGAGCCGAUCGAGAGGGAGACGCCCUUCCAACGUCUCGGAAACAGGAAAGUCGAGUCGGUGGUGGUGACGGACACGGCGAUUCUCGUCCAGCCCAAGCCGGACGCCUCCAAGAUCUUCGCCGGACCUUGUCAUUCCCUCCCGCCACUCACCCUCCUUGCUCCCCUCUUCAUCGAGAAGGCCUUGUUACCCCCGCCUCCACAGAAAGUUGUUUCUUAG